UCAAAAAAUUUGCUUUGUUUAGUGAAAGAGACUUUGCUGUUUGGUCGUCGUUCUCCUACAAAGUAUUCCCCCCCUGCGUACGAAACUUGGUUCCCAGUGAUAACCAGCAACAUGUUCCUGUAUUUGUUAAGUUGGAUCUCGUCAUUCCUUUUGGUUGCCGUUUGCGUUUUUUCACUAGCGGCGGGAAUCUACCAACUCGCAGAGCUGGUGGAGGAAUACACAGUCACUGCAAAGAAGAUUAUUGUUGUUCUCUUCUGGAUAUCAGCAGCUGGCAUGGUUGGUGCUUUCUUGUUUGAGGGCUUUCCACUCUCUGCGUUCCUGUGCGGCGGUGCCUCUCACAUAUGCUACUUCAUCAUCCUGGGAUCGUUUCCUUUUAUCUCCAUGAUGUCCCCGGCAUUCCUGGCAAGCAUAGCUCUCCUCUUUCUAAAUCACUAUCUACUACUAUCUCAUUUUGAAACAGUGUGGUAUCCCUUCUCAGAGAUCAUUGCUUAUGUUGUUAUAAGUGUGUGGAUGGUCCCAUUCGCACUGUUCAUCAGCCUCUCAGCGAACGACUAUGUACUGCCGACAAUGACCAGCCCUACUUCUGCGCAACCACCGCCCACCUCUGGACAUGGUGGCCGCUCUUCCAAUAAGCGUGCCGGUGUGAAAGCCCUGAUGGACUCUCUCCUGACCUAUCUGCCCACGGCAAAGAAGCAUUUCUAGUUGUGUCACGCAAGUAUCAUCUUGUGUACCAUGUACCACGUACCAUUGUCAGCAUCAGAAGCAGCAGCAGCGGUAUGACCUGUGUCGACAAUGUUGCAAUACCAGUGCUGCAAUGGCGUGUUUGGGUGAUGGAAAACCCAGAAAGUAAUCUACCAGCCAUGCUGCACUACUAAGACUUGAAAGCCAAUUCUGUGGUUGUUUAGCUGAGUGCAGCAGCCCGUGUGCUUACUGGACUUACACAGUCCUGGGCAGCAUGGCUUAGAGAUCACAACUCCUCUGCGAGCCGCUAUAGUAGUGAUUUAGUUGAGCUUGACGACACAGUGGUAUAUGUGCACGGCUGCUAAGUGCCACCUUGCUGUCUCAUGUUGUAGUGCUGCUCAGCGUGAUGCUGCUGCUGCUGCUGCUACUGUGCAUAUCACCAUCACCGCCAUGCUGUGAAGGUCAGUGCUGUUACUGCUACUGCUGCUGCUGUUUUCGUGCCGCUAUCCCGAUUGCUUUUCUUAGCAAGGUUGCUUGCCGGCGAGCAUCCAUAGCAGUCAUGGCUCUGGACUUGAAUGUUAUCUGCUGCUGCCUUCGAUGAUACAUUGUCCGCUAAAUAGACCAUGGCCUAGUUCUGGCUUCUGGUGGGCUACAGUAGGCAAGCGAGGUUCACGCUUGAAGAGUUGAGCUACUACCAUCCAUCCUUCUGUGUCUUGUUUUUUGUUUUGGUGCAAAUUGCUGGUUCAGUUGACCCAAUCCUGUUGUUCAUGUACAUGUAGCAUCGUUAUGAUCCAGUCUGCAUAUUCAUCGCUGCAAGCCUUUAGAGUAAGUACCUGGCCACACUAUUGCAGAGUGCAUGUAUUUGUAUUUGUUUGCAAUGUGUUUACCCAUAAGCAAUAAGCUUGUUUUCGGCAAAGCUGCUGCACAUUCCUUGACAUGCUAUUUUAUCCUCCCAUCGUUUGUGAAUUUGCUCUGUCAAGCUACGGUCUAGGUGGUAUGAAACUGCAUGCUCAGCUGUGACUAUCA